ACGUCGUUAAGGGACAUAGAUAUAAAGCAGACUGAACUCGGAUGAUUGUGCAGAGUCAUAUCAAAAUGAUCAAUAGUUCGUGACAACACCUGAUGGAUGAGAAAUGUUGAUCGUUUGCCCUUUCAAUCAGAUUUUUGAUUAAAAAAUAAGGUGAUGUCAAGGCUAAACGACACCCUGGAGGAGAAAGAGAAGGAGAAGGAUGAGGAGAAAGAGAUGGAGAAGAAGAAAGAGAGAUGCCCUGCUGCUGCCGCCACUGCCGCCACUGCCAAUGACACCCCACACCCCUUAUCUCAGAGACUGAAUUUGGAGCUGUCCGUCGUGGCUUUGGAGACGAGCCCCUCCCCGUCGAGCAAUGGGGCAAACCUCCUGUCGUUGCCGUGGGAGAUCGUUACACAGAUCGCCUCACAUCUCCCAGCGCAGUGUGUCAUUGAUGUGCUGCCACAGGUAUGUCAGACGUUGGGAAAGGUUGGCGAGGAUCGCUUGAUGUGGCAGCUGAGGGCUCAAAAACUCUCAGGUCCCAAAGCACUUUUCCCAGUCGGGCCAAAGGAGGAUUUUGAUUGGUCCCAGGCCUGCUUGGAAAUGGAGCAGCUGAUUGGCUGCUGGACAGGGCUGGAGAAUCGGGGAGAGGGAGAGAGACAGGAAGAGGCGGUUGUCGGGGUGAACGGCGAAGUCCCGUCAGCUGAGAGGAACUUGGAAGAGAUGCAGCUGGAUGUCGAUUUAAACGGUGCAGCGGAAGCAGGAGAUGAAAAUAUGCAAGUUCAAUCCCAGAAUGCACCUGAUAGUCUCAGUCUGAUUGAGUCGUCCAGCACUUCUUCACCAUUGGAGCACAUCAUUCUUCCAUCUGGCCACAUUGCGGAUGUGAACUGUGUCCUCCUGCUGGGUGGAACAGGGGCGUUGUGCGCCUCCGGCUCUCGGGACCGAAACGUGAACCUCUGGGACCUUCGAGACGGCUCCAGAGGCACCUUAACGCACACUCUAGCGGGACGGGGUACCAUUAGCACCCACCGGGGCUGGGUGUGGUGCCUGGCAUCCAGCGGACCUCUGCUGGCGUCAGGCUCGUUCGACAGCACCGUGAGGCUCUGGGAUCUUGAAGCCGGAGGAGCAGAACGGGGACUCAUCCAGUGCAAAGCGGCUGUGUUGUGUCUGUCCUGCGAGAGGGACACGGUGCUGGCCGGGUCACAUGAUCAGAGACUGAACAUCUUUGACACCCGAGCUGCAGAUCCAUUGGUCCAGAGUCUUCAUCUCCACAGUGAUGCUGUGUUGUGCCUGGUGUCGGAUGACCAGUACAUCUUAUCAGGCAGUAAAGACAAAACGGUCGCCCUGUUCGACCGCAGGGCGGGCAAGCUCCUGCAGAAGGUUCAGCUGAGCACUUACCUGUUGUCGCUGUGCCACCGCGGUCGUGAGGUGUGGGCCGGGGAUAACCGUGGACUCGUGCACACCUUCUCCCUGCACAACAGCUGCCUGACGCCCAUAUCACACUUUAACAUCCACCGGUCACUGGUCACAGGUGUCCACUCUUCUCCUGGCACUCUCUACACGUGCUCCUCUGACCGCACUAUCAAGAUCCACCUCCCAUGUGCUCCACCACAGACGCUGUGCACACUUCACCAUCAGGCAGGAGUUAAUGGGUUAAGUGUUGAAGGAGGAACGCUGGCCAUCGCUUCUGGUGACAUGAAUGUGGAGGUUUGGAGGCUCAGAAACUGAGAGUUUAAAAAGCAUUUCAAUGCAGGGAACAACAUUCAUGUGCUGCUUUUAUUGGGAAAAAAGAUGAAAACCAAUGUUUUAGGUGUCUGAUACAUGUCUAUAGAAACAAACACUUGACAUUCCCAGCUGUCCAUGGUUCUCCGUGAAGAGGUCGGACUACGUUAGCACACUAAACAUUUCAGGAACACCACCUCUGUUUUCCUUACAACUAUAUUUGUUUCCAGUUUGCUUGUGUGAUGAUCAUUACUUGAAAUUUCAACAAAAUUGAUGUUAACAACAUAGUAUAAUACAGUGAAGUUAAAUUAGUACAAACAAGAAUCAUUAUAAAUCAGUUUAGCUCCCUAGAUGUGUAAUGCACAAACAAGGAAAUCGGUUAUUAAAACCAGAUGUGAUUCAAUUUGUUUUUGUAUACUUGUCAGCGCACUUAUACAAGUAUACAGUGCA